AUGUGGACAAGUGAGAACGGAACCACAGUUCGACAGACAUCUGAACGAUUAGAUAGCGUUAGCAUCGAACGGCCCAAGACCACCCCUACCCUGUCAGACGAGCGAAACCGUGAGAUUCUGAGUGCCCAGCAUGCGCAAAUCAAAAAGAUGUCAAGCAGUCCGGGGGUCUAUAUAUGGGGGUCGAAUAGUCAUCGUGUCGUGGACCCAGAUUCGAGCGAAACGAUAAUUAAACAACCCCGCCGAUUGCGCUACUUCGAGGGUCAACUUCUCAGAGAUAUCAAGCUACAACAAACUUCAGGCGCUGCUGUUACUGCAAAUGGUGAUUUGGUCCAGUGGGGCAAGGGCUAUUCAGAUACUGAUUUCCAACCGGUUCCAACUUUAACUGGGAAGAAGUUGGUUUCGAUAAGAAUGUCACGAGACAGGAUCAUAGCCCUUUCUUCUAGUGGAAAUGUAUAUUCUCUACCGAUCUCAAAGGCCGACCAACAGUCGGGACCCAAACCAUCUGAAAGUUACUGGUUUCCAGGAUGGUCUUCGAAGUCUCAAAUUAGUUACCGGCAACUCAACCCACGGCUAGGUCUGGGUGAGAAAGUCACUUCGAUCAGCAGUGGUUUGGAACACGUGUUACUCCUUACAAACUCUGGUCGUGUUUUCUCUGCUGCUGCUGCUACCGAAUCUUAUCCGUCGAGAGGUCAAUUGGGAAUACCCGGGCUGACUUGGGCAACCCGUCCCAAAGGGCCUGUAGAUCUUUGCCAUGAACUAUCAUCCAUAAAGGGCUCCAAGAUUAUUCAAAUAGCCAGCGGAGACUUUCAUUCCCUGCUACUUGACAAGGAUGGCCAUGUGUUCGUUUUCGGAGAUAACUCCUUUGGACAGUUGGGACUUCAAUACGAUCCCACGUCCCCAGUAAUUGAUACGCCAACAGUGAUGCCUACGAAAGGAAUGUAUUCAAGCAAAAAUUGGUCUGCUCGGAUCUCAAGUAUCGCCGCUGGCGGUCUCACCAGUUUUUUGACCGUUGAUGCAGUACAAAAGGCCCCUUCCAACGGCUCUUCGACACUUACCACUAAGCAGGGUACUCUGAGUAUUGAUACGUGGGCUUUCGGAAGAGGCAUUCACGGGGCACUCGGUACUGGAAAAUGGACUCAUAUCCAAGACAGUCCAUAUAAAGUAAAGACACUCAGUGAUCUGCACGAAUUUGACGAAAAGACAAAAAUGCUUCAGCCAAUUCGUCCCGUCCAGAUGGCCAUCGGAGCCACGCAUGCUGCCGCCGUGCUGGGAAAUAAUGCGCACCCAAACACGGCCAAAAAGUCGUCAAUUGCUGACAUUGCAUGGGGUCAGGAUACUUUGUGGUGGGGAGGCAAUGAAAGCCUUCAACUGGGCACUGGCAAGAGAAGCAAUCUUCCUACCCCGGCACAUAUACUUCCUCCGCCGGAUCUCGUGACUGCGACGUCUCUUGACGAGGCUCGUUUCCAGAUAAUUCCUGGCAAACAACGAAUUGAGUGUGGUAGGCAAGUAACAGCUGUCUUUUCCGUAAAAGUUUGA